AUGCGAGGACUCGUGUUGCAGCGCAGCCCGCCGGAAGUUAUCUCGAGCUGUCUCUACAUAUCCGAGAGCACUUCCCAGGAGUUUGGGUCAUCCACUAUGCGAUACUGGGUUACAAAAACGGACUUGGGCUUGGUCCAGUCAAGCCUCUUCUCCUUGUCCCCUCUUGCUCCGGACGAUAUUAUCAGCCCCGCAUUCAAGAUGCACGUCAACAGAAGGCACCAGCAAGAAGUAAUGGUUCACACCUCUGCUCUUAAAGCGGUUGGCUCGGACUGGAGUAGAUUCUUUGCUUUGUCGACAGAGUCUGUUGCAACGCAGAUUUCCCAAUCCUAUAUUAAGAGCACCAUAGAAAAUAAGGGCGGAGAUUCCCACGAGGCAGCACGGAAUGCCGUGCUCCUCAAGGAUCUGUGCGAGUCUGGAAAGUUCAACGUUUUUGAUAGAAGAGGAGGGGGAGGGGGAGGGGGAGGGUUAGGCUGGCUUUUCUGGGACCAAGACAUUUCCGGCGAUAUGAAUAAUGAAGGUGGCUUGAGUGCUCGAUUCGAUUGGACUCACGGCACCGCCAAAACGAUUAUCCCACCACCACACCAGCCCACCUUUGGCGUUUCGCCAAAUGAGCUCCGUCGCAUACAGCAGCUACACAUGCAUUUCGAGCUCGAGCUCGAGUCUGCCGAAGAGGAGCGCCGUGUCGUGGAUGCCAAGAUUCAACGUCUGCGGAAACAAAAGAAAUUGUGGUUGGAAAAAAUGGUGCGUGCGGUUGCACGUGGUCUCGACAAUGUGGACGAUUUGGAGCGUCUGGAGCGGGAGGAAGCGGACGAGGCUGGACGUGCUUCUGGCGUGCUUCCUACCCCUUGCGAGAACUUGGAUCCUAAUACGAUCCUCGGGGAUUCUUCUGUUCAAGCACGUAUGGCUGGCAUUACAGAAAGGAAGGGAGAAGAUGUCCGCACGGCCAUAAACAUUGCUGCGGAUGGUGACAUCCUCCUAGUUGUCGGACCAGAAAAGUUGAAGAUCAAGGUCCAGUCGCUGAUCCUCAAGGCAGUCUCGAAACCAUUCUCUGUCAUGCUAGGCCCGAACUGGAAGGAGGGUCAUCAACAACUUACAACGAGUGUACUGAAGGAACUACCACUUCCUGACGACAAUGCAGUGGGCAUGAAGUACCUCUGUGCAGUUCUGCACCAUCAAAACCAUAUGAUACCUACAGCACUGCCCGUGCACGACAUUCUGAGCAUUGGGGUCAUGGCUGAUAAGUACGAUUUUGUGGAUGCUUUCACAUUCACAAGUACUGCGUGGCUUCUUCCUGGUGACAGAAAAGCCAAUGACUUGGUGGUCCUCGCAGCUGCGGCGGCUCUUUUCCGGAAUGCGCAAUCCUUCAAAGCAACUACAAAGGCGCUGAUUCUCGACUACGGUGGUUCCUAUCUCGACCUCGUCAAUCAAGAGCUUGAGUCCGGUUUGGACUGGAGGGUAGUUUGUAGGUCAUACGAGUUGCUGCACCGCAGAACGUUGCUAACUGAGCGAGACUUUCUGGAAGAGCAAAGAAACCGUGCCAGACUGGAACUAGCAGAGAUUCUUAUCCAGGGAUUCAACAGUGGAUCGUGCUGCCACCGCUGCGGCUGGUCAAGCAAAUACGCAUAUGCAUACCUGCAGUCACUCGAGAAGGCAAAUCUCUGGCCAACCAGCAUCCGCAACAUCUCCAAGGCAAUAGAGCAGGCUGGGAAUAUGCCUCAAUCGAUUCCAACGGAACCGAGUGUUGCUUGCCAAUAUGAGCGCUAUCAUACUGUACCGCAAUAUAACCGUGAUCGCGGUGGGCGUGUAGAGCUCCUCAUGGAGCGUAUUGGGCUUUGCCUACAUUGCGUGCGAUCGGGCAGCACAAAUUCCAACUAUUGUGAGCGGACACACGAAUAA